CUAGUAGUUACUAUUAUAGGUAAAGUUCGAACAGUUAACUUAAGCUGAUAAAUCGUUGCUAUUUUUAUGAUUCAUGUUUAAAGAAAAUUAAAUUAUUAUUUGUAUUUUUUAUUCGCAUUCUUCACCUGAUCCGCGGUUUUCAAUUCGUAUUUUUUUAUCCGCGUUCCGUAUCCGAAAUUCUGGGUAACCAGGCCUUUUUAAAACACAUGUUACGAAAAUUAAAAACAUUGACACAAAAUAAUGAAAAUAUGAACAUGAUUUGGAAAGAAUGUUAAAAAAAUAUGUGUAAACAAGGCUAAAAUCUGCACUGGAAAGGCCGUCAGUCGGGUGCAUUGAUAUUAUGACGUUAAUUACCGUACGACUGCUACGUUUCUUUGCAAAAUGAACGGGAAGUGACGGGCCGAACAUGGACGAAUCUUUUAAUUUCGACGAUGAUAUCACGGAUUCAAUGACCGAUGAAGACUUGCAACAGCUAGAAAACGACGCUUGGAGAAAAAUCGGAGCUGUUGAGGAUAAUUCUGUUGGUGUACCCAGGAAAGUACCAAACAAUGGCAGUAAAACACGUCUGGAUCCAACCAAAAACUCGGUUGCAACGACUUAUAGAGUAGGAUCACGAUCAUACACUCCAGUCACUCCUCUAACUAGAACUCAAAGAUCAGGUGAAGUGAAUACUACCAUUAAAGGGCAGCAUCAAGCCUCAAACAUGACUCAUCAGCUUCAAGAUUCACAGUUACAGCAACUUGCAAGUCAGCUUCAGGACUAUAAGAUGAAAGUUGAAAAACUUGAGACAACUCUUUGUACAAAGGAUGGUGAGCUGAAAGUGGUGAGAAAGAAUUUGGAUGCAUGCCGGAAAGAGGUAUCUGCGAAAGUACAAUUGAUAUCAAAAAUGAAACAAGAGCAAGAACAGGAAAGAUCAGAACGGAACUCGAAGCAGGCGCAAGAGAUUAAGAUGUUACAAACACAACUAUCUUUUCAGAAACAUGAGCUUAUGAAACAGGAAUUUGAUAAGCUUCAAUCUCAGAAUGUGUGUAAUUCACAGAAAGUGCCAAUUAUUUCUCAGAAGGUGUCUGGUUCUGUGAAAAGAAAGGCUGAAUUUCCAAGUGGAAGCCAUGGGUUUGGUUUAGAUAAUUCUUUUCAUGAUUCUCAAGCAGCUGGUAGCAAGUUGGUGCCCCAAGGAAAGGUUCCUAGGCUAGAGAAAUGGAAUAAGAGUGUAAAGGUAGAAAAGAAUGUUGGAAAACAGAUAGAGUCUGAAGAAAGGACAAUAAAUGUGCCAAGUACUAGACCAAACACAAGCAAGACGGAUGAGCCAAAUGAAACAAAAUCAUUCCUUGUACCAAAGAGUAAUCUUCAUCCAUGUUCACCAUCAACUAGCAAGAAUGUCAUCUUACAAUCAAGACUUACAAGUCAAUCUGAGAAGAAAGCAUGCAAUCUGGCGAAGAAACUUGUACUUUCCUACUCUUCAGACACCUUUAUUGAAGGAAAUCAAGAUCUUGAAUCAAUCAGCUUGUUGACUUUAUUAAAAUACCCCCUCAAGCACAUUCCUGAGAUAUUACAUGCUCAUUCUGUUGGGAAAAAAGUUGACCAGUCAUUGUCGCAGUUUCCAAUCUUGCAGACCCAGCUCCAAGGGGCAUUGUUGGGCAGUACAGAUAAGACGUCUACAGAUGAGGAGAUUGACUUUGAUUCUGGGAAGUACAACCUUGUAUCACAGGGGAUUUUUCUUUUGCUGGGAUUGCCACAUCUUGAAGAGAAGAAUAUUGACACUCUAGGUGUUAUUCAUGUUUUAGUGUUCUUGGAACUGUACAUUUCAUCGUAUGUCAUGACAUGGCAAAAGAGAAUUAAAGCUGGGAUUGAUCAGAACUGUGAACAAACUUGUCUUAGGAAUUCUCCUCAAGCAGGCCUUAUCGCUGGUGAGUCCACAAAUGAUAGUGAGGCUCAAAAGGCAUUACAUGAUGAGCAGGAUAUGAUCCUGGAAACACUACAGCUUCUGCGGUUGUUGUUCUACUCUGCACCUGGUCUUUUGAAAUGCAUCUUAGACAGGACAAAUCCUAGGUUGUUUCAAGAGCAUUCGACAGAUGAAGAUCUGGUCAUUACGUUUGAUUCAAAAAGAAAUGUUGAUGUGAAGGAAAACCUAAAAGAAGUGAAAGAAGAAGAUCAAGUGUUUGAAGAAAAUGCUGUUGGAUCAUUCCGUUCCCUGCUGCUAGAAAACUUGCAAAAACUUGUCAACCCAACUGCAAAUGAUGGUUUGUUUCUCCCAGUAUCCCAUGCAGCACUGGAGGUCCUGGUUGCAAUGACAUCAUUAUGCGACUCUACAGAUUUGGAAAGAAUGAUUGUUCCUCUAAAUCAAUCGGGGUGUCUGGUUGAACUAUUGGGAAAGGAAGAGUGUACAAUCUCAACAGUAUCACUUGUGAUAUCCGUAAUCCGUAAUUUUCUUCCUUGCAAAAAUGUACACAAGAUGUUAUGCUCCAAAACAGAUGACUGUAUUUUACUGAAGAUGUAUCAAUGUGCUUGUGAUGAGGAAGAUGAUAAAGCUGACAAUCAUUUGAACACAUUUCUCCUCCAGUUUAUUCAAUUUCUGAAGGAUGUUGCAUCAAGUCAUGAUGAUUCUCUGGAAUUUCUACUUCAGUCAGAUUGUCAAUGUAGUUUUGAGAUCGUACGAUGUCUCGUGCUAGUCUUGUAUGAUAAAGUCAGCUAUCUCCUAGAUUUAGAAGUCGAGAAAGUCAUCCUGGAUACAAGCUUGGCGCUAGUGAGAACCGGUGUGAAUAUUUUGGUGGUUCUUUGUACACACAGCUGUUUCGCACCAGGCCACAAACUUCACGUGGAACAUAAGUUCACAGAACUUAUUUAUAAUGCCAUGACAUUGUUCAAGAGAAUCAGACCCCACAUACCAGAUUUUGAAGAAAUAGCACUUCAGGAUCUCCUGGAUGUUGAAAGACUUGAUGAGAUCGAGUGGUCGUCUGGGUCUGGGUCCGAAACUGAAGACGAGACACGGAUGUCCCACUAGAAUUAGAAAGUUACUUUGACCGUGAACACAGUUCUUGUCUUGUUGGGUUGAUGACUAGUUCACCGUCAAUAUCACCUAUACGAACUGCGCCUGGAAGUAAAGGCUAGUAACUGUUGCGUUUUUAGGUUUUAUUCUGUGUCUAUUUAUUGAUUCUAUUUCAAAAAAAUCCAAAACAUAUUGAAAUAGCCAUUUACCAACUGGACCAUUCCAAGGAAUAUCAGAAACACACAAAGAUGCAGAAGCUAAAAAUGAAUAAUAUUGUCAUUUAACAUCUUUUGUUGAACAUGUUCAAUGGAAUGAUUGAAAUAAUUACUAGAAAGUCCUUAAAUAACAUAUUAUUUUAAGAAGACUAUUAUUUGUGUGUUUCUAACCAGCAUUAAUGCCCAGAAUAUCUGGAUUGUUCAUUCCAUCUGCUGCCAACAAAGUGCAGAUUAUCUAGUUAAAAACAUUGUUGAUGUUAGAUUUUCUUGCCCAUCUCCCUAAAGUUCAUUUAAUCAUGCUAUGCUACCUGUGUUUCAUUUUCAU